GAGCUGGAGCUGGUGGAGGACGUCUGGAGAGGAGAAGCUCAGGACCUGCUCACUCAGAUUGCUCAGUUGCAGGAGGAGAACAAAAGCCUCCUGACCAACAUGUCCAUCAAAGACCCCAUGAGUGAGGAGGACCUGCAGAGGCAUGAGGGUAUGACGGAGAGAGAGAGGCAGGUGAUGAAGAAGCUCAAAGAAGUGGUGGACAAGCAGAGGGACGAGAUUCGAGCCAAGGACCGAGAGCUCACACUGAAAAGCGAGGACAUAGAAGCACUCCAGCAGCAGCAGUCUCGCCUUAUGAAAAUCAACCACGACCUGCGGCAUAAGAUCUCCGUGGUGGAGGCGCAGGGGAAAGCGCUGAUCGAGCAGAAGGUGGAACUGGAGGCCAGCGCUCAGGCGCGGGGGCAGGAAGUCACGGCCCUCCGGCAGGAAGUGACGCGCUUGAGGGAGCGACUUCAAGGAGACCUGCCCGCCCAGAACCCAGAGGAACCCCCACCUAACCCCCCCUCACCUGCAGAGCGUGGUAAAGCUGCUACAGUUGUGGUGGGGGCUGAGUGCUGGUCAGACACACCUGACCCCUCUGAGCUGAUGCUGGGUGGGUUUGACCCUCCCCCGCCACCCCAGCCUGGUUCCCUCAGCCCAGAGGGACACGAGGAUGGGGAUGAGGAGGCUGAGGACGAGGCAGUGUUGCUCUGGGAGGCGAUGUGCGAUGAGGACAUGCCUGCUGUGUUCCAAUAUUUUACCAAGGAGGCGUUGUGCGAGGAGGAGGCGGGAGGCCUGGACCUAAAGGACCCCAACCGGCCCCGGUUCACCCUGCAAGAGCUGAGGGACGUCCUCCACGAGAGGAACGAGCUCAAGGCCAAAGUCUUCCUGCUGCAGGAGGAGCUGGCGUACUACAAAAGUGAUGAGACAGAAGACGAGAUUGUUACUCCCAGUCCUUCUCCCUCGCCUGAACUGAGGUCUCGCUCCCGUUCUUCUGCCCAGCCGGAGUCAGGAAUCAAACGCCUGUUUAGUUUCUUCUCUCGCGACAAGCAGCGGGGCUCGCAGAGGAGCGCGCAGUUCGACGCCGACCUCGGCUCGUGGGCGGGGAAGGAUGACGUGUACACGGAACAAGCACAGGAGGCGCUACAGCACAUGUAGUCAUUGGAGAGGACUUGUCGAGGUUACUCAAAACUCCCCAAAAAAACUCUUUAACACUCCCCAUGUCCAUCACUCAAGGCCGGCUUGUGAAGCGUUGGACUGCGCCACCAAAACCACCACUAGUGACUCACGCUGCAGCUGAAACAUCGUGUGCUUGAAGGUGAGAAGAGCCCAGCAGAAAGAGGAGUGAACGGAUCAACAUUGAAGUGAGGCUCCAGCUUUAGGUAAAGAUAAUACGUUUAUUUAAACACCUGAGAAUCAUACAGUGUAUCUCAGAGAGUGAUGGCACAUACAGACUGAAAAUAUUUGGUGCCUGAAAGUUUUUUUUUACGUGAUUUAUGGAAUCUGUAGAGGAGAGGGUGAACUCCAAGUUGAAGGAUGGAAAGUGGAAAGUUGAUGCAAAACCAAGUGGAUAACGGUAUGUUGGACCAGAGUGGGUGAAAAGUACGGCACCUGACGAAGGCUUGGGACGCAAAAGUGUGCAAACUGCGUACAAAAUGAUAAAAGAUGAAGGUUUUAUCUUACGAUUCCCCUUAGAAACAAAAUGCAAACCUACAAAGAAAACACACUUCACUGCAGUUUUCACACGUUUCGAUCUUGAGAAUAAAAAGCGACACUUUUUUGUGUCCUCCCGUUAAUUUAUUUAAAAUUUAUGUCAUGUGGGCCAUCACCAGCAUUGUGCAAACACUACACAGCUCUAAAAGAUCUAAAGAAAACGAGGCUCGGGUAUAAAAUGAUGCCUAGAAGCACAAGUUAAAAGCUGUACACGGAAAAAGAGAAACACUUAACACUAACACUUAGAAAUGCUUUUAUUUAUAAUGUACGUCAUGCAAUAUAAAGAGUGUAUGGAAGCUCAUUUCUGCCAAGAUAAUUCAUAAAGGGAGAGACUUAAUAAAAAUAAAAUCCUCACUUUAAGCCAAAAUGAUGAGAUACUGAGUCAAACUUUAGAUUUUAUUGUAAAUAAUAGUAAUUCAAAUACUUAAUUUUAAUUUUCACUUAGUAAGUCUGAAUCAUUUUUAACUUAUUAACACAUAAUCUUUACUUGUCGAGUCAAAAUUAUGAGAAAAUAUGUGAUCAUAUUGAUUUUUAAUAAUAAUAGGUUUAGGCUAACUCGUAGUUUUGAUUUAAUGUCUCAUAAUUUUUUAUAUUUUUAAUUUAUCAUGCAGAAAUUGGCUUCCAUGAGUAAGUGAACACUAAUAGAUGCAGUAUUUGAACUCUGAACAGUGCCAAAGCCGCCACUGCACAUCAUGGGUAAAGUAAUAAAACAAUAACAGCAAUUUCAGUAUCACCAGCUGAUCCAAAGCAAUAAAAUAAAUGAUAUAUAACAGUUAACACAGCUGCAGUUUAUUAAAAGAAAGCUUGAUUUUAUCUAUUUUAUUAACUCCAGAAACCAGCUCCAGCUUUUUAAUACAGCUGAAACACAUUGAUUUUACUUAGAGAUAAGACUCAUUUAAACCUUUAAGAUCAUGUUUAAAGGAUAAAUCUGUUGAUAUUCUGUAUAGCGCUGACACAAUAUCAGAUUUUAACUACACGAUUAUCCAUCAUGGCCAUUUGAAUUGUGUGUUUGGUCUCUUUUUUUUAGCAAAUUACUGACACUCAACUAGAUUAUUCACACAAUAUCAAUAUUUCACUUUAAUUAUCACAAUUUUCAUCAAUAUCUUGUGACACAUCUAAUUCCAUAUAUUUUUAAUAAUGUCAACAAAUCCUGAUAGAUCUUAUUAGAGCUCCAUUGUUGUUAAAAACCACACUGUUGCACUGGUCACGAACACACACACACACACACACACAGACACACACACACACUGUAGUUUAUUAAUACACUGUCCUGCUGCCCCAGAUACUCACUAGAGCAACAAAUGUGGAUUAAUCUGCCGCUGAAAAUAGUCCCACAACAAAUGCACAGUUUCCUCCUGGUGGGUGGGUCACAAUAAAUAAAAUGUAGAAUAAAUAAGUAAAGCUUUAUUUAUAUAGCACCUUUUUGACCCAGAGAUCCAAAGUGCUUUACAAACAACAAAUAAACAGGGCAUAACCAUACCCAAUCAAACAAGAGGGAAAGAAUAAAUGACAAGAGAGAUGACAGAUGAGGAAACAAACAAGGAGAUAUAUAAAAAGACUUGUAGAGGUGGGUUUUCAGUAAGAAUAAAUAAGCUUUUAUUUAUUUAUUUCUGGGGAAUACACUGAGGGGUGAACCAUCAUUUAGAUUACAUUAGGCUACAAACACACAGAUACAACUUAAACAUUAUAAAAAUAAAGAAGACAGACAAUAAGGACACAAACAUCAACAUUAGUUAAAAAAACUGAUUCCUAAUCAAAACAGUAAGAUGUAAAAUCAUUAUGAUUCAUAAGCAUAUUUCAUAGUGUUAUCAGGGAAUCAAUAUUUAAAGUUUAUUCCACGAGUCCGCAGCAGACAGUCUAAAAGCGGUCCGUCUGAGUUCUGAGUCAACUCUGGUUGAGGUCCAACAGUGAGCUGAUGUAAGUUGGUAAAUCUGGCCCAUGAAUCACUGAGCCAGAACUUAUUUUUCCUAAUAAAAGUGUUUUUUUUAUACUUUAAAAAAGCACUUUUUGUAGUAAAGAAAGAAAAACUGAACUAAAGCGUAAAAACGUUUCAUUAAGGAAGGAAACACUAACCUUUAUCAGGUGUCACUACCUUAUUCUAGAGGUCCCUGAACAAAAGAUGCACUUUAGACCACAAACCCACAAUUCGAGUGUUUUUGUCUAAAGAAAAUCCUUUCUGAGUAACUUUUUAGUAAUUAUUAGGUGUGAAGAUAAAGUCUCCAUAGCCAAUCGAUGAUCAAACUAGGAUGGAUUACAAUCAAUUAAUCCCCAAAUAUCAAACCUUUAGCACACAUCAUGUAGAAAAUACACACACUGACUUGUGCUUUUAUGCAUCAUUAAUAAAAGGCCUCAGAUCUUCGUCGUCUCACUGCACAGAAGAAGAAAGACGACAUUUUAUUUGGCGUAAAAAAAACCCCGAAGCUGCUGAGAAGUUUUAAGUCCAGUCUGGUUUCUAGAACGAUGAAAAACGAGGUGAAUAAAGUGUCGAGUGCGGUUUACAUUUAAGAAAAAAAACACCAAUAAAAAAAUGCUAAUUGGUCGUCGCUGCUUCUGCUUCUCCAGCUUGAACUUCCUGCUUAACACCGACUGACGUCUUCACCCCUGAGAGGGAGAGACCGGGUGUGUUUUCUAACAGUAGUGCCACUUUAUCUUCAUUUAUACUUGACCUCCCCCCCCAGCGAGGUGGAAUAAAUGAAUGUUAAAACGAAGAGAGUGGCAAUAACGAGGAGCUGUAAUGAGUGCGUGUCAACGUGUGUUAAAGCGGCGACUCCUGUUUUACAUAUUCACAUAAUGGUAUUUAUUGCGGACGAGUCUCCUGUUUCUAGUCCGAGUCCGGAAGUCGAAGGGAUCCGGAUGAUUUAGGCGUGAAAAUACGGAAACAUUUAACAAAAAAGGGAAAUUUAGUCAAACGCUCCAGUUCUUCCUCAUUAUUGAAUUCAGUGUUGAUCACCACCACCAUGUGUUUCCCCUCAUUAAAAUGGAUAUUUAAAAAGAUCAGUGCUUUAUUAAAUGAGCUGUCUCCUCAGUAAUAAAAACUCUGUAAUGUU